CCCCACAGGAGAUGUUAAUUACAGACGAGAAAGCUGCAGGAAGAGGCAGCAAGCCUCUACACUGCGUUUGACCCUCUCUUCCUGACGCGGAGCACACGUCUGUGUUCAAGUGACAGAGAUAACCAAGAAGGGGGUCAGGGAAGUCAUCAUAGAGAAGAUGCAGCAAUAAGCAGGAAAAGGGCAAGGAGUUUGCAGGCAGGAAGAACGGCUUGUGUAAGAGGAGUCUUUGUGGAAAACUCAUUUGGAGCAAGUGGAAGAAAAAAGAGUUCUCUUGAGAUUUGAGAAAGAGGGGACACAGGACAGAGGACCAUGGAGCCAAGCAUUGUAAACCAUGGGUCCUUCAUACCAAGACCCUCGGCUGUUUGAAACUGAGCUUGAGGUGGAGGUACCAGCCACAAUGAGGAACUCCUAUACAUUUCUGGCAUCCUCUCUCUUGAUUGCCAUUUUUCUCCUGCUAAUUCCUGGAGAUUUCUGUGUAAAAAUUAUUGGAGGAAAUCAAGUGACUCCUCAUUCAAGACCCUACAUGGUGCUACUUAAAGGAGAAAGUAUCUGUGCCGGAGCUCUGAUUGAAAAAAACUGGGUAUUGACUGCAGCUCACUGUGUCCUGAACAGAACGUCCCAGGUCAUUCUUGGAGCUCACUCAAUAACCAAGAACGAGCCAGAAAAGCAGAUAAUGUUUGUUAAGAAACAAUAUCCCUAUCCGUGCUUUGACCAGGACACACAUGAGGGUGAUCUUAAACUUUUACAGCUGACCAAAAAGGCAAAAAUUAAUAAAAAUGUGAGCACCCUCCGUCUUCCCAAAAAGGGGGAUGAUGUGAAACCAGGAACCAUGUGCCAAGUUGCAGGCUGGGGGAAAAUUCAUAAUAACUCACCUCAGUCGGAUACUCUGAGAGAAGUCAAUAUCACCGUCAUAAACAGAAGAAUCUGCAAUGAUCAAAAGCACUAUGAUUAUCAUCCUGUGAUUGGACUGAAUAUGAUUUGUGCCGGCAGCCUCAAGGGUGGAAAAGACUCGUGCAAUGGAGAUUCUGGAAGCCCUUUGAUAUGUGAGGGUACUUAUAGAGGCAUUACUGCCUUUGGCCUUCCAGGGAAAUGCGGAGACCCUCGAGGACCUGGCAUCUAUACUCUUCUCUCACAGAAGUAUCUCAACUGGAUAAAUAAGACUAUGAAGGGGCAGUUUAGAUAACUGUAUUUCAUUUUAUUUGUCAUCACUCGUUAAUGUUAUAAAUAAAAUCAAUUUGUGUAACUGUA